AUGCAGACUAUGAAUAUUGAUCAACUGCCCUAUUAUCCUGUUCCAACAGGUCCACAUCCACCACCGAAUGGUUAUUAUCAACUAAAUGGAUUUGAGGAAACACAUCGUAUGUAUCAACCCUUUUAUAAUCAAACUCUUGUACCACCUCCACAAUUAAUGAACCCAUUUCUUGCUAUCGUUCGGCCACCGAAUGAAAUUUCCACUGGAAUACCAAAUUAUAUGCCACCAACAUCGCAUCUAUCAUAUGGAAAUAAUAAUUUACAGCAACAACCAACUGCAUAUCCUAGACAAUACUAUCAUCCACCUUAUCAUAUGCCACAAAAUAUCCCACAACAAAUACAACCAUCGCUUAAUCAACAAUAUGGAACAUCAUCUCAGUCUCCACAAUUACAAGAAAAACGAAAAAGACAACCAUUAAAAAUUGUUGAUCCGGCGUCGCUAAAAGCUCCAGAAUUGGAAACAAAAAAGACUGAAAAUCAAUCAUCAAAUGGUAUUGAAAAUGAAACUUGUAAAGAAUCAACUCAACAAUCCCAACCAGACUAUUCUGGUGUUUCUAGUCAAAGUAUAACUGAUGAUAAACCAGUUCUUCCAACAACUCAAGAAGAUCAAAUUAAGUCUCAAAACCAACUUGAAGUUUUAAAUACAAAUUCAGAAACAAUAUCUGAUAACGAAGUACAACCAGCAUCAAUUUUACCUGCUACCGAAUCUUUAGAUGAUAUAACAACAACACCAUCGAAUGAUACAGAAUCUAAAUCAAUCAACAGCGAAAAAACUGAAUCAAAAUCUCAACGAUAUACAUAUAGUAUCAAAGAACUUCUUGCUAAACGGUUAGCACCUUCGGCACAAAUAAGACCGGUUGAUCUUAGAUAUAUUCCUGGAAUUACUAGUGAACCUGAAAAAUCAAAACCAAAACCAGUUGAUACAAAUAUCAAAUUUUUACGUGAAAUUAGAUCAAUAUUAAAUAAAUUAACACCGCAAACUUAUGAUAAAUUAUUACAAAAACUUGAUGAACUUGAACUUGAUCGUUAUGAACGUUUACAAGGAAUGAUAGAUAUAUUUUUCUUCAAAGCAGUUGAAGAACCAAAAUUCUGUUUUAUGUAUGCAAAUCUAUGUGAACAUUUUAAAAAAAAACAAAUUACCGUGCCUGAUCAAGAUGGUCAAACAGUAACACAUUCUUUUCGAAAAAUCUUACUAUCACGAUGUCAAACUAAGUUUGAAACUGAUUAUCGACAAGAUAUUGAUUAUGAUAGACGAAAAACAGAAGUUGAUGCUAUUACAGAUGAAAAACGUCAAAAGGAAGCAGCAGAAGAUUUAGAAGAAGCUUUAUUUAAAGCCAAACAACGAAAUUUUGGUAAUAUUCUUUUUAUUGGCGAAUUAUUCAAAUUAGGAAUAUUAACAGAAACAAUUAUGUUCGAAUGUAUGGACUAUUUACUUGAAGACAAAACUGAUGAAGAAAAUAUUGAAUGUUUAUGUAAACUUUUACGCGCUAUUGGCAAAGAACUUGAUACCACAUUCACCAAUAAAAAAUCACCAAAUCGAAAAAAUCUGGAUAAAAAUUACAAUGAAUUAGAGAAUAUUGUUAAACUAAAACAAGUAUCAACACGUACAGGAUUUAUGAUUCAAGAUCUAAUGGAUUUAAGAACAGCUAAUUGGGUUGCUCGUAUCGCUGAAGCAAGACCAAUGAAAAUUGAUGAUAUUCAUGAACAAGAACGAAUUAAACGUGAACAACAAGAGCAUGAUCAAGAACGUGAUCGACAACAACGUCGAGACCAACAUCGUAAUAAUCCACAACAAUAUACUGGAUCACAUGGUAGCCGUGGUAGUGGUAUAAAACAACAAACAAAUCGAAUGAAUGAGGAACAACAUGUGAGUCGUUUUAAUAUUAACUCAGUACGCCAAUAUCAAACGAAUGAUAAACGAAAUCCAACAACAACAUUAAAUCUUGCACCACAAUUUACAUGGUCUAGAUCAUCAACAAUUGAAAAGAAAUCUGAAAAUAAUCGAACUGGUGAACCUCCAAGUGAUUCUUAUCAACAAAACAACAAAUCUAAAACUGCUACAUAUCCUGGUACUCCCGGUUAUAUGACUCAACGAUAUCCAUCUCGUGAAUUAGCACGUGAAAAUCCUGUUGAAUUAUUACGAAGAACAGCAAAUGGUAGUAAAGAAGUACUUAAUUCAAAUGAUAGUUCUCGUAAUGUCAGUCGUGAACAAUCACGCGAAUCAAGUUUAAAUAAAGAAUCUGCAACAUCAGCAUCAACAACAAACAAUUCAUUUGAUGAAGAAAAGACUACAGCACGUGUACAUUCACUAAUUGAAGAAUAUACAGAAAAUUAUACUGAUAAUAAUAAUCGAUCCGUUCUUGAAGCCGUAGAAGAUUUAUCUGAUUUUUGUACAUCCAAUACAAAUCAACAAGCAAUUAUUGUUCGAGAAUUAUUUACAAAGGUAUUAGAAGGCAAACCACAUGCAAGAAAAGCUAUUGGAUAUUUACUUGAUAUGACAUUUGAAAAAAAACUCAUAUCUGAUCAAGGUUUUUUAUCUGGUUUAAAAAUGCUAAUUGGAGCUGUGCCAGAUUAUAUAGUAGAUAUUCCACUUGUCUGGCAAUAUACUGGUGAAAUUCUUGGGGCAUUUAUAGGUGGUUCAUCAUCGAAUAUGUUAUUGUUAAAAUCUAUUUUACCAUUAAUACCAGAUGAAGUAUCAAAACAAUUAUUUCAAUAUAUCAUUCGUUAUGCAGUUAAAUUUUCUUCUAAAUCUCAUGUACAAACAAAUUGGCAAUCUGUUAAUUUUUCAUUAAAUGAUUUAUUUGAAUCAAAUUCUCUUGAUUCUUCAUUCGUUAAUGAAUAUAAUUGGUUGGAAUCAGAUAUAUGA